CAAUCCGCAGAUCAAGCAGCUCGCCCACUUUCACACCAUGAAGUUCGUCGCCAUCGUUUCUGCUGCUGCGCUCAUUGCCGUCACCAACGCCGCUCCAUGUGACGUGGCCGCGCUCCAGACGAUCAUCACUUCGCCUGACGCGGCCACAUGCAUGACGGACUCCGGCUUCAAGGGAACGACGCUGGUCACACCCACUGACGCUGAGUUGGCCAAAAUGUGUACCAGCAAGGCGUGCCAGUCGCUACUGUCGGAUGCCGAGGCGGCCGCUCCCACUGAAUGCACCGUAGGCACCUUCGCCUUGUACGCCGACCUGAUCACUCCGCUCAACAGAGUCUGCAAUGGAGGCUCGUCCUCCGGCUCGUCGACGUCCGCCACCGUGGGCUCUACCGAUGGUUCGUCGGCCACCGUAACGGCCAACUCGACGGACUCGGACGCCUCCGCCUCAGCUUCUUCAUCCGGUAGCAGUGGUGCCAGUAUGGCUGUCGUUUCGGCCAGUGCCAUCCUGGCCGCUGUGGCCGCCACUUUCUUCUAAGUGUAGCUGCUUAUUGAGACCGACUUGGUCACCCGCUAGCAAAUAGAGCUUAAUACAACAACCU